CGAGGAUUGGGGGGCGGAGGGGGAAGAGCAGGUCACUCCGCCCGAGAGUGGCACCAGCACGCCUGCACUGAGUGAGGAGGGCCACGGCCCGCUGUCAUCCCCAAUCGCAGGGUUAAGUUUUUUGACUGACAGCGUCUGUGUCCUCUCUCGAGUCUCGGUUUCUGCCCUCCUCCUAAACUCCUAAACCUCUCCCUCUGUUUGGGCCGCCGCGCGAAUUUGCCACGCGCGAACCUGCUGACAAUCUAAGGAAAAUUUGUGCUGAUGUCGUUUGUUGUUCUUCCUCGCGCCGCUAUGCUUUUUGGAGCAGGAUGUGCCCACCGUUAUGCAUGUUGUGAGUCUGGCCUCGGCUUCCGCCUGGUCAUAGCGGGCGCCGCUGGGCGCGCAGGCGCAGAGCCGCUGCGGCAGACGCACGAUGCGCACCGUAAAAGGCUGGGGCGCGAAGCUUCGGCUCUGCCAGCGGGUGUGCGCCCCGAAGUUUCACACCUGCUAGGCUCCGAUCGCCCCCUCCUCUUGAAGAAGAGAACAGCAAAGGCACACAUUUUCGGAGCGGGCACUUGCCCCAGCGGUGCUGGGCCGAGGCGUCCCAGGCUCGGUCGCGCCACUUGGGAGCCCCACCAGGCCCUCCAGGGCCUCGCGCGGGGGGCGCGGGGGCCGGCCAGGGCCGCCAUGGAGCAGCUGGGGCCACCUUGGGCCAGGGGCCACCGGCAGCAGCUUGAGGCGCGGGUCGGCCGGCACCUGGCGGUGGCACGCACGCACUGCGACUGGGGUCGUGUGGCGGGUGAUGCGGUCAUGUUUCGUUGCCACUCUCGGGUACGGCGGAAAGGGUGCCUGUCCACAAGCAGUGUAAAGUACUCGCAGAUGGCGCCGUCCCGCAUGCGUUUCACACGACAGCUGCCAGAGCGAUGUUUCUGGACAGUCAGGCCAGCCAUUCAAGCAGGAUAUGCCCAUCACGAUAGGUUCGAGUGCGCCCGACGCCCGCGCCCGAUAUUCGCAGCUGCAUAUGGCUGGGUAUUCUGUCUGGCUAAUUUUUUAUGCCCAGCCUUGGCUUCUGCCAACCAGGGCCGUCGCCAUUGGGCGUGUGCAAAGCGGAGCCGCCGACGCAGACGCACGAGACUGAGGCGCGCUUCGGACUGCUGUGGCGCGAGGUCUCGGCUCUGCCGCGCGGGUGCGCCUCGAGGCUGCACGGCUGCCAGGCGCCGAUCUUCCCCCGUCGAAGAAUUCUUCUUCUACCUUCGCCGCUGCUGGCCUGGAGCGUGGACGGCGAGGCAGCGAGAGUGCGCCGAGCCAGUCAUUGACUCGAUCGGCUUCGCUGGGUCCUGCAGUUGGUACAACACGCCACAGGGACUCGUCGUGAAUCCGCAGGCGUUCCCAGAUUUCCUGCGUCCUCGACGAGGAUUCUUUCUUUCCUAGCAACGCCAAGCGCGACUACUCGAGAACGACGCGUAGCAGACCA